GUCACUACGUCUCUUUGUUGGCUCGGCAGCGGCGUAUCUUCUGUUGUUAUUUUCCUCUCCAGCUUUGAAAAAAAAACCCCAGAAAUGCUAGUAUCGAGCUAAAGUAUUUCGAGGUUGUUUUUUUAAAAAGAUAACCGUAUAUAAUUAUACACCCGUCGAUAACUUGGCUUGUCACGGACCCAGAAUCGAUCUAGUAAUGGACUCGGACGAGGGUUACAAUUAUGAAUUCGACGACGAGGAAGAGGAAUGCAGCGAGGACAGUGCUGAGGAGGAACCCGAGGACGACACCCUGGAGCUCGGCGAGGUGGAGCUGGUCGACCCCGUCGUGGCCGGCGGUGAGCGGGACGAGUGUGGCGAGACCGGGGGCAGCGGCCUCGGGCCGGGGCAGGACGAGGAGGACUAUCGUUUUGAAGUUCUGACUGCCGAGCAGAUCCUCCAGCACAUGGUGGAGUGUAUUAGGGAGGUCAACGAGGUCAUCCAGAAUCCUGCAACAAUUACAAGAAUACUCCUAAGUCAUUUCAACUGGGACAAGGAGAAGCUAAUGGAGAGGUACUUUGAUGGUAACCUCGACAAGCUGUUUUCUGAGUGCCAUGUCAUCAACCCUAGUAAAAAAUCCCGGACGCGCCUAAUGAAUACGCGGUCAACAGCGCAGGACAUGCCCUGUCAGAUCUGCUAUCUUAACUACCCUAACUCGUACUUCACUGGUCUGGAAUGUGGACACAAGUUCUGCAUGCAGUGCUGGGGAGACUACUUAACCACCAAAAUUAUAGAGGAAGGAAUGGGCCAGACCAUUUCCUGUCCUGCCCAUAGUUGUGACAUCUUGGUUGAUGACAACACAGUUAUGCGCCUUAUAACAGAUUCAAAAGUAAAGCUGAAGUACCAGCAUUUAAUAACAAAUAGUUUUGUGGAGUGCAAUCGACUGUUAAAAUGGUGUCCAGCUCCUGAUUGCCACCACGUUGUCAAAGUCCAGUACCCCGACGCCAAGCCUGUCCGCUGCAAAUGUGGUCGGCAAUUCUGCUUCAACUGUGGGGAAAACUGGCAUGACCCAGUGAAGUGUAAGUGGUUAAGAAAAUGGAUCAAAAAGUGUGAUGACGACAGCGAGACGUCUAACUGGAUUGCGGCGAACACCAAGGAAUGUCCCAAAUGCCACGUGACCAUAGAGAAGGACGGCGGCUGCAACCACAUGGUGUGUCGGAACCAGAACUGCAAAGCGGAGUUCUGCUGGGUCUGCUUGGGCCCCUGGGAACCCCACGGAUCGGCCUGGUACAACUGCAAUCGCUACAACGAGGACGAUGCCAAAGCUGCGAGAGAUGCCCAAGAGGUACGCGAGCGCUCUAGAGCAGCCUUGCAGAGGUACCUGUUCUACUGCAACCGCUACAUGAACCACAUGCAGAGCCUGCGCUUCGAGCACAAGCUGUACGCGCAGGUGAAGCAGAAGAUGGAGGAGAUGCAGCAGCACAACAUGUCGUGGAUCGAGGUGCAGUUCCUGAAGAAGGCCGUGGACGUGCUGUGCCAGUGCCGCUCCACGCUCAUGUUCACCUACGUCUUUGCCUUCUACCUCAAAAAGAACAACCAGUCCAUCAUCUUUGAGAACAACCAGGCAGAUCUGGAGAAUGCCACUGAGGUAUUGUCUGGAUAUCUGGAACGAGACAUUUCCCAGGAUUCAUUGCAGGACAUCAAACAAAAAGUACAAGACAAAUAUAGAUACUGCGAGAGCAGACGACGAGUUCUACUGCAGCAUGUGCAUGAAGGCUAUGAGAAAGAUCUGUGGGAAUACAUAGAGGACUGAGCAGCGUCCUGUCACCACGGACUGGGAGAGAACCUCCACCAACUAGCGCGCAGAUGCAACAGACCCUGGGCAGCAGAAGUCUCUGGUGCCCGAGGGCAGCACAGGCUUCCGGAGCCACGACCCACAUACCCCACCCUCGCACUUCUGGCAUCCCCAACACCCAGACUUCACUCUGUUUGUUUGUUUUUGUUUGUUUUUUUUUUGUUUGUAAUUCAGCUCUUUUUCUUUUUUUUUAAUUGUUUCUGUAAAAGAAACUUUAAAAGUAAAUUAUAUUUAAAUAAAAAAGUUAGAAUAUUCAAAAAUAUCACAUGUACAGCAGUAUUGUAAACAGAGUACCAUGAUAGAAGCCUGUGACCCAGCCACAGCCAAUAGAUGGAAUUCGUCCUCUCUUGGUUUGUGUUGUAACAACCCCUUAAACAUCAGACUCCCACUGCCUCCCGCUGCUUAUCUUGACCAUAAGUGUUUUUGUUUCGUUCUUUUCUUUUAAAUAGGUCCAUUUGUACAUGUCUAUUUGUACAUGUCUCUGUGUGCGCGUGUGUGCGCGUGUGUGCGCGUGUGUGCGCGUGUGUGCGCGCGUGCGUGCGUGUGUGUGCGCGCGUGCGUAUGAGCGCGUGGGUGUGCAGUAUGUUUUGAUAGUUUUCGAAAUGGCUUUAAUUGUCCUGACCAUAUUAGUUUGUGGUAUGAUCCAUGUCUGAGUGCUGAAUGUUGAUGAGUUGAUUGUAUUGGGGGGACCUUUUUCAAUUUAAACAUAGAAGAAAAAAAAAGUUGGGGGGCAGGUUGAAGCAAAUUGGUAUUUUUCAAUUUGUACAUAAUACAUAUGCAUGGAUGACCAAGAGUGGCACGUGUUUGCAUACUUUUUAAAUUUAAAAUGAUAUUUAUUCUUUACAAAUAUUUAGAAAAAACAGAUGUAUAUUUGCUGUGUAGUAUCUCUCCUUGCCUUUGCUGGUCCCUCUUUUUAAGAGGUUCAGACACAGGAUGCUUGACUCAAAGCAGGAGUCCAAAUCUCUCCUCUUUUCGCUCCACUACUCUCCUCCUCCCACCUCCCCCUACGGUCUCCUGGACUGUGGAGUAUCGAUGGAGGAGACUGAAGCUGGAGCUCUACCAAAUGAAACUCGGUAUGCCAAGGAGGAGCUUCUAGUUUACUGCGAAUUGGAAUCCCAGCAAGUUGUGGCAUGGUGAGCAGGAUGGGAGCUCUUCUGAAGUCUUAGGAAGACACACCACCUGUAUGAACAUCUACCACUGACCAUGGUGGUGAUGGCCUUUUAUAUCAAUCGGCCAGCCUCUUUCUGUUGUGUGCGUGCGUGUGCGCAUAGGUGUGGGCGUGUUUGUGUGUGUGUGUGUGUGUGUGUGUGUGUCGUGCCCCUCCCUGCCCUGGUAGGUUUUGAACUUUGAUCGGAUGUUAACUUGAGAGCCAAACUGAGUGACAUUCACUCUAUCUCUCAUAUUCACUCACACACACAUAUAUAUAUAUAUAUAUAUAAAUUACACACACACACUUUUUAUAUUUUCUGCUUCUCUCUGUAAAAGGUCUCUGUUCUUCCCAGACUCGAGGUUUUCUUUGGUGCACUUAUAGGGUAUGUUUGAGGACACUGGCAUGUAUGAAUGGAAAACUAGUUUUAAUGAUGUUGGUCAAAAGAAGUGCUCUGGAUUGAGCCUCUGUGAAGCAGACGAGGCUCUUUUCCACAUCCAUAUUUAACACUGCAGACCUGGUAUCUUGUCAUCAUGUGUGUUGCUGUGAAAUUCAACGUUGCUUUUUGCCCAUGUUGUGCUCAGGGGUUACGUGUCUCAAAGAUUCUCACUGUACAAGUGUUGAUCCAGUUGGUUUCAUUACACGUCUAAAAUUGUAUUGAAAACAAGUUGAUUUAAAAAAAAAAAAAAAAUCAGUACACUGAGACACCUUUGUACAUGAGACCAGGUUAAAGGGUUUAAGCGAGGGCUCGAAGGGUUUGAUUCACCUUGGUGAAUGAGUAUUCCCGGUGUAGUGUGUUGCACUUCUGAGGUUUUCUAAGGUUUCUUUAAUCAGAGGUGUUGGAGUCAUGACAUGCCAGUUUUAUGUGGUAGUGUAGUUCAGUGGGUGGGUGGGGGUGUGUGUUGUUUGCUUCUGUCCUUGUGGUGGUCAGAGAAACAAAUGGGGCAGAUGAGGAGGACGCAAGGACGCUGACGUGUCCUCUACCAUCUCAGUAAUGAAUUACUUUGCGUCUUGUGGUUCGGGGAAAGUGAUCUAUUACUUUUUUUGUUUGUUUGCUUGCUUCUUCAAAGAAAUAAAAAUGUAAUUUAAAUUAA